GUCGUUGGCACAGGGAAACGUAUCUCCUUUAGUGAAUCAAAAGAGCAUACGCUCAACGUGCGUAGUCGACCCGACAUCAGUGCGCCAUUCGACAAACGACCAUUGCAGGAAAUCGUGGAAAACACGGUGUUAUGAAGUACUGAACAGAAACUCAACGGAUAUUAAUCUACAUGUGAAGUCUGAGAUUAAUAUUUCAGCUCUGAAAAGUUACUUUGGAGUUGAAGGAUAAGCUGCAAUGGCAGCUGCUUUCCCCUUCAGAGGUGUCCCGGGCGGGAUGCCUCCUGGCAUCGCCCCGCCAGCCCCGGUCCCAGACUAUAUGUCCGAGGAAAAACUGCAAGAGAAAGCGCGCAAAUGGCAGCAGCUGCAGGCAAAGCGCUACUCGGAGAAGCGCAAGUUUGGGUUUGUGGAUGCACAGAAGGAAGACAUGCCUCCAGAGCAUGUUCGGAAAAUCAUAAGGGAUCAUGGGGACAUGACCAAUAGGAAGUUCCGUCAUGACAAAAGAGUUUAUCUUGGGGCCCUGAAGUACAUGCCCCAUGCAGUGCUGAAACUGCUUGAGAACAUGCCCAUGCCAUGGGAACAGAUCAGGGAUGUUCCUGUGCUCUACCACAUCACUGGAGCCAUUUCCUUUGUCAAUGAGAUCCCCUGGGUUAUCGAGCCAGUCUACAUAGCACAGUGGGGCACAAUGUGGAUUAUGAUGCGUCGUGAGAAGAGAGACAGGCGGCACUUCAAGCGCAUGCGUUUCCCGCCCUUCGACGAUGAGGAGCCUCCGCUGGACUACGCAGACAACAUCCUGGAUGUGGAGCCCCUGGAGGCCAUUCAGAUGGAGCUGGACACUGAAGAGGAUGGCUCCUGUGUGGAGUGGUUUUAUGAGCACCAGCCCCUCAAAGACAACACCAAAUUUGUGAAUGGAACCACGUACCGUCGGUGGCAGUUCACUCUGCCGAUGAUGUCCACCCUGUACCGUCUAGCCAAUCAACUGUUGACAGACUUGGUGGACAAGAACUACUUCUAUCUGUUUGACCUGAAGGCGUUCUUCACCUCCAAAGCCCUGAACAUGGCCAUCCCUGGGGGGCCUAAAUUCGAGCCCCUUGUCCGAGACAUCAAUCUACAGGAUGAGGACUGGAAUGAGUUCAACGACAUCAACAAGAUCAUCAUUCGGCAGCCAAUCAGGACUGAGUACAAGAUUGCAUUCCCCUACUUGUACAACAAUCUGCCUCACCACGUGCAUCUCACCUGGUACCACACCCCAAAUGUGGUGUUCAUUAAGACAGAGGACCCUGAUCUGCCAGCUUUCUACUUUGACCCACUGAUCAACCCCAUUUCCCACAGACACUCAGUAAAGAGCCAGGAGCCCCUGCCUGAUGAUGACGAGGAGUUUGAGCUGCCUGAGUUUGUGGAGCCCUUCCUCAAAGAGACCCCACUCUACACUGACAACACAGCCAAUGGCAUCGCCCUGCUCUGGGCCCCUCGCCCCUUCAACAUGCGCUCUGGAAGAACCCGCCGUGCCAUUGACAUUCCACUCAUCAAGAACUGGUACCGGGAGCACUGCCCCGCAGGCCAGCCUGUGAAGGUGCGAGUGUCCUACCAGAAGCUCCUGAAGUACUAUGUGCUCAACGCUCUGAAGCACAGGCCACCCAAAGCGCAGAAGAAGAGGUAUCUUUUCCGCUCCUUCAAGGCCACCAAGUUCUUCCAGUCCACCAAGCUGGACUGGGUGGAGGUCGGACUGCAGGUGUGCAGACAAGGCUACAACAUGCUGAACCUGCUCAUUCACAGAAAGAACCUCAACUACCUGCAUCUGGACUACAACUUCAAUCUCAAGCCCGUCAAGACCCUGACCACAAAGGAACGUAAGAAGUCCAGAUUCGGAAACGCGUUCCACUUGUGCCGAGAGGUGCUUCGUCUCAGCAAGCUGGUGGUGGACAGCCACGUGCAGUACCGACUGGGCAACGUUGACGCUUUCCAGUUGUCCGACGGCCUGCAGUACAUCUUUGCCCACGUGGGCCAGCUGACGGGCAUGUACCGCUACAAGUACAAGCUGAUGAGACAGAUCCGCAUGUGCAAGGACCUGAAGCAUCUCAUCUACUACCGCUUCAACACCGGACCGGUGGGCAAAGGCCCAGGCUGUGGAUUCUGGGCCCCUGGGUGGCGUGUGUGGCUGUUCUUCAUGAGGGGCAUCACUCCCCUGCUGGAGAGGUGGCUUGGAAACCUGCUGGCCAGGCAGUUUGAGGGCCGACACUCCAAGGGAGUUGCGAAGACCGUAACCAAGCAGCGCGUGGAGUCUCACUUUGACCUCGAGCUCCGUGCUGCCGUGAUGCACGACAUCCUGGACAUGAUGCCAGAGGGCAUCAAGCAGAACAAGGCCAGGACCAUCCUGCAGCACCUCAGCGAGUCCUGGAGGUGUUGGAAGGCCAACAUUCCAUGGAAGGUCCCAGGCCUUCCCACUCCAAUUGAAAACAUGAUUCUCCGCUACGUGAAAGCCAAAGCUGAUUGGUGGACCAACACGGCUCACUACAACCGUGAGCGAAUCAGACGAGGUGCCACUGUGGACAAGACUGUCUGUAAGAAAAACCUGGGCCGCCUCACUCGACUCUAUCUGAAGGCCGAGCAGGAGAGGCAGCACAACUACUUGAAGGAUGGUCCCUACAUCACUGCUGAGGAGGCCGUGGCCAUCUACACCACCACUGUCCACUGGCUGGAGAGCCGACGCUUCUCCCCCAUCCCCUUCCCUCCCCUGUCCUACAAACACGACACCAAGCUGCUCAUCCUGGCCCUGGAGAGGCUCAAGGAGGCCUACAGUGUGAAGUCAAGGCUGAACCAGUCCCAGCGUGAGGAGCUUGGUCUGAUUGAGCAGGCCUACGACAACCCUCACGAGGCCCUGUCCAGGAUCAAGCGUCAUCUCCUCACUCAGAGAGCCUUCAAAGAGGUGGGCAUUGAGUUCAUGGACUUGUACAGCCACCUGGUGCCCGUGUACGAUGUGGAGCCCCUGGAGAAGAUCACCGACGCCUACCUGGACCAGUACCUCUGGUACGAGGCGGACAAGCGCCGACUUUUCCCUCCCUGGAUCAAACCUGCCGACACGGAGCCUCCCCCACUGCUGGUGUACAAGUGGUGCCAAGGCAUCAACAACCUGCAGGACGUGUGGGAGACCGCUGAGGGGGAGUGUAACGUCAUGCUGGAGUCUCGCUACGAGAAGAUGUAUGAGAAGAUUGACUUGACGCUGCUCAACAGGCUGCUGCGUCUCAUUGUCGACCACAACAUUGCUGAUUACAUGACCGCCAAGAACAACGUGGUCAUUAACUACAAGGACAUGAAUCACACCAACUCAUACGGCAUCAUCCGAGGCCUCCAGUUUGCCUCUUUCAUCGUCCAGUACUACGGCCUGGUGAUGGACUUGCUGGUGCUGGGUCUGCACAGGGCCAGUGAGAUGGCCGGACCCCCGCAAAUGCCUAACGACUUCCUGAGCUUCCAGGACACGUCCACCGAGGCAGCCCACCCCAUCCGUCUGUACUGCAGAUACAUCGACCGCAUCCACAUCUUCUUCAGGUUCUCUGCCGAUGACGCCAGAGAUUUGAUCCAGAGGUACCUGACUGAGCAUCCAGACCCUAACAAUGAGAACAUUGUGGGCUACAACAACAAGAAAUGCUGGCCCCGAGACGCCAGGAUGAGACUGAUGAAGCAUGACGUCAACCUGGGUCGUGCUGUCUUCUGGGACAUCAAGAACCGCCUGCCCCGUUCUGUGACCACCGUGCAGUGGGAGAACAGCUUUGUGUCUGUCUACAGCAAAGACAAUCCCAACCUGCUGUUCAACAUGUGCGGCUUCGAGUGCCGCAUCCUGCCCAAGUGCCGCACCAGCUACGAGGAGUUCACCCACAAAGACGGAGUAUGGAACCUGCAGAACGAGGUGACCAAAGAGAGGACAGCCCAGUGCUUCCUGCGUGUGGACGACGAGUCCAUGCAGAGGUUCCACAACAGAGUUCGUCAGAUUCUCAUGGCCUCCGGAUCUACCACAUUCACCAAGAUUGUUAACAAGUGGAACACGGCUCUGAUUGGCCUCAUGACCUACUUCCGCGAGGCUGUGGUCAACACCCAGGAGCUGCUGGACCUGCUGGUCAAGUGCGAGAACAAGAUCCAGACCCGUAUCAAGAUUGGGCUGAACUCCAAAAUGCCCAGUCGUUUCCCCCCAGUGGUGUUCUACACCCCCAAAGAGCUGGGAGGAUUGGGCAUGCUGUCCAUGGGCCAUGUGCUCAUUCCACAGUCUGACCUCAGGUGGUCCAAACAGACCGACGUGGGCAUCACCCAUUUCCGCUCGGGCAUGAGCCACGAGGAGGACCAGCUGAUCCCCAAUCUGUACCGCUACAUCCAGCCGUGGGAGAGCGAGUUCAUCGACUCUCAGCGAGUGUGGGCCGAGUAUGCCCUCAAGCGACAGGAGGCCAUCGCUCAGAAUAGGCGAUUGACACUUGAGGACUUGGAGGACUCAUGGGACAGAGGCAUUCCGCGCAUCAACACCCUCUUCCAGAAAGACAGACACACCUUGGCCUAUGACAAGGGAUGGAGAGUUAGGACGGACUUCAAACAGUAUCAGGUGCUGAAGCAGAACCCCUUCUGGUGGACCCACCAGAGGCACGACGGCAAGCUGUGGAACCUAAAUAACUACCGCACAGACAUGAUUCAGGCCCUGGGAGGCGUAGAGGGCAUCCUGGAGCACACGCUCUUCAAGGGAACCUACUUCCCCACCUGGGAGGGUCUCUUCUGGGAGAAGGCCAGUGGUUUUGAAGAAUCCAUGAAAUGGAAGAAGCUGACCAACGCCCAGAGGUCUGGUCUGAAUCAGAUCCCUAAUCGACGUUUCACACUCUGGUGGUCCCCGACCAUCAACAGAGCCAACGUGUACGUAGGUUUCCAGGUGCAGUUGGAUCUGACUGGAAUCUUCAUGCACGGCAAGAUCCCAACCCUCAAGAUCUCUCUCAUUCAGAUCUUCAGAGCUCACUUGUGGCAGAAGAUUCACGAGAGCAUUGUCAUGGAUCUCUGUCAGGUAUUUGAUCAGGAGCUGGAUGCCCUGGAGAUUGAGACGGUCCAGAAGGAGACCAUCCAUCCCAGGAAGUCCUACAAGAUGAACUCGUCCUGCGCUGACAUUCUGCUCUUUGCCUCCUACAAGUGGAACGUCUCCCGACCCUCUCUGCUGGCAGACUCAAAGGAUGUCAUGGACAGCACCACCACUCAGAAGUACUGGAUUGACAUCCAGCUCCGCUGGGGAGACUACGACUCUCACGACAUUGAGAGAUACGCCAGGGCCAAGUUCCUGGAUUACACCACGGACAACAUGAGUAUCUACCCAUCCCCCACUGGCGUGCUGAUUGCAAUCGACCUGGCCUACAAUCUGCACAGUGCAUAUGGGAACUGGUUCCCAGGAGCCAAGCCUCUGAUUCAGCAGGCCAUGGCGAAGAUCAUGAAGGCCAACCCUGCCCUGUAUGUGCUGAGGGAGCGCAUCCGCAAGGGCCUGCAGCUCUACUCCUCCGAGCCCACUGAGCCCUAUCUGUCCUCACAGAACUACGGAGAGCUCUUUUCCAACCAGAUCAUCUGGUUCGUGGAUGACACCAAUGUGUACAGAGUCACCAUUCACAAGACCUUUGAAGGUAACUUGACCACCAAGCCCAUCAAUGGAGCCAUUUUCAUCUUCAACCCAAGAACCGGACAGCUCUUCCUGAAGAUCAUCCACACAUCUGUGUGGGCAGGACAGAAACGUCUGGGACAGUUGGCCAAGUGGAAGACUGCUGAGGAGGUGGCUGCCUUGAUCCGCUCUCUCCCAGUGGAGGAGCAGCCCAAACAGAUCAUCGUCACCAGGAAGGGCAUGCUUGACCCUCUUGAGGUGCACUUGCUGGACUUCCCCAACAUCGUGAUCAAAGGCUCUGAGCUCCAGCUCCCCUUCCAGGCCUGUCUGAAGGUGGAGAAGUUUGGAGACCUGAUUCUGAAGGCCACCGAGCCUCAGAUGGUCCUGUUCAACCUUUAUGACGACUGGCUCAAGACCAUCUCCUCCUACACGGCGUUCUCACGUUUGAUCCUGAUCCUGAGGGCUCUUCACGUGAACAACGACCGCGCCAAAGUCAUCCUGAAGCCAGACAAGACCACCAUCACGGAGCCUCACCACAUCUGGCCCACGCUGACUGACGAGGAGUGGAUCAAGGUUGAGGUGCAACUCAAAGACCUUAUCCUUGCCGAUUACGGCAAAAAGAACAAUGUGAACGUGGCAUCACUGACCCAGUCGGAGAUCAGGGAUAUCAUUCUGGGUAUGGAGAUCUCCGCGCCGUCUCAGCAGAGGCAGCAGAUCGCCGAGAUCGAAAAGCAGACGAAGGAGCAGUCCCAGCUCACCGCCACCCAGACGCGCACCGUCAACAAGCACGGCGACGAGAUCAUCACCUCCACUACCAGCAACUACGAGACGCAGACCUUCUCCUCCAAGACUGAAUGGAGAGUCAGGGCCAUUUCUGCUGCCAACUUGCACUUGCGAACAAACCACAUCUAUGUCUCGUCUGAUGACAUCAAAGAGACUGGCUACACCUACAUUCUGCCCAAGAAUGUUCUCAAGAAAUUCAUCUGCAUUUCUGACCUACGAGCUCAGAUUGCUGGUUACCUUUAUGGCGUGAGCCCUCCGGACAACCCUCAGGUGAAGGAGAUCCGCUGCAUCGUGAUGGUGCCUCAAUGGGGCACGCACCAGACCGUGCACUUGCCCAAUCAGCUGCCCGGCCACGAGUACCUUAAGGAGAUGGAGCCUCUUGGCUGGAUCCACACGCAGCCCAACGAGUCGCCCCAGCUCUCCCCACAGGACGUCACCACCCACGCCAAGGUUAUGGCUGACAACCCAUCCUGGGAUGGAGAGAAAACCAUCAUUAUCACAUGCAGCUUCACGCCCGGCUCCUGUACCCUGACUGCCUACAAGCUGACCCCCAGCGGCUAUGAAUGGGGCCGGCAGAACACCGACAAGGGUAACAACCCCAAGGGCUACCUGCCCUCUCACUACGAGAGGGUCCAGAUGCUCCUGUCCGAUCGUUUCCUCGGCUUCUUCAUGGUGCCAGGACAGGUGUCGUGGAACUACAAUUUCAUGGGUGUGCGCCACGAUCCCAAUAUGAAGUACGACCUGCAGCUCGCCAACCCCAAGGAGUUCUACCAUGAGGUCCACAGGCCCUCGCACUUCCUCAACUUUGCUUCCCUGCAGGAGGGUGAGAUCUACAACGCCGACCGCGAGGACAUGUACCAGUAGAGCCGCGGGCCUGGCACCAACUGUUGAUAUUCAACAACAAGAAUCUAAGAGGCUUAGACUUACGGCAACCCCAGUCACUCACCAAGGCUUUUUUUGUUUGUGUGAGCAGUUCAGUCUAAGCUUAAGGAACCUGUUUUUGAGUCUCUCAGUUGAUCUUCUUACUUUUUUAACCUUCAUCUAUUCCCUGGCUCAUAUGCGGUGGUUUGAUUGAACUUGCAUGGUCAUCAUCUUUGUCCAUAUGGUAUAGAGCGCACCACCCUAAAUUGUUUUUUUUGUUUUUGUGAGACUCCUAUAGUCUGUAGUUGAUGUUUGUCUGUGUGAUUAGCUGAGGGUGAGAUACCUUGGAUCUCUGUGGGAAAGGAAUCAAUGCUCUUUUAUUCAGUGACUUUAACUGAUUAAACAUGGAAACUACUUUUUUUAAGCCAGCUGUAAUUUGUCUAUACACAGUAUCUAUGUUGUGAAUCUGUUAUGGUCACUAUAGUUUGGGUUUAAAAUAAAAGAUCCACACUUUUAUAAAUA